ACACGGAACUGUAGCCACGUCGUCAAUGGGAGGAACCGGAAAAACAGGAAGCGUUGACUACACCAGACUUUAGUGCUGAUUGUACAGAAAACAAAACAUGAUGUCCGAGUUUCAGGAAGUAUCAAAGCAGUCCGGUGUUCACCCAAAGCCUGCAGGGUUGGUUUUGCAGUAUGGCACCGCAGGUUUCAGGACCAACGCAAAACUGCUGGACCACAUCAUGUUCAGGAUGGGACUGCUGGCAACCCUCCGCUCCAAAACAACCAAAGCCACCAUCGGAGUAAUGGUCACUGCAUCACACAACCCUGAGGAGGACAACGGGGUGAAGCUUGUUGACCCCAUGGGGGAGAUGGUUUCCGCGACAUGGGAGGUCUAUGCCACCCAGCUGGCCAACGCUGAGCAGGAGGAUUUGCUGGCGGCGCUGAAGGAUAUCAUAGAGAAAGAGGCCGUAAACAUGAGCCAGGAGGCUAAGGUGUUUGUGGGCAAAGACACCAGAGGCAGCAGUGCCCGCCUUUCACAGGCAGUAUUGGAUGGAGUAUCUGCACUCGGGGGUCACAGCAAAGACUAUGGUUUGGUGACGACCCCGCAGCUCCACUACAUGGUUUGCUGUCAGAACACGCAGGGGAAAUACGGAGAAGCCACAUUGGAAGGAUACUAUAAGAAACUCUGCCAAGCUUUCAUUAAGCUCUCAAAGAAUGCGUCCAACUGCACAGACGACCAGAAGCACCUCUCUGUGGAUGGCGCUAAUGGCAUUGGGGCCCUAAAGGUGCGCGAGAUGGAGAGUCACCUGAAAAAGGAGCUGCAUAUAUCGCUGUUCAACGAUGGCAGUGAAGGAAAGCUCAACCACCAGUGUGGGGCGGACUUUGUCAAAGUGCAGCAAAAACCUCCAACAGGCAUGGAGAUCAACCCGGGGGAGCGCUGCUGUUCCUUUGACGGUGACGCUGACCGAAUCGUUUACUACUACUCUGACUCUGAAGGGACAUUUCACCUGCUGGAUGGAGACAAAGUCGCUACACUCAUCAGCACUUUCCUUAAAGAGCUGCUCACAUCGGCCGGUUUAGACUUGAAGAUAGCAGUGGUGCAAACUGCUUAUGCCAAUGGGAGCUCAACAAACUAUUUGGAAAACACUAUGAAGGUGAUAGUGAGGUGUACUAAAACUGGAGUGAAGCACCUUCAUCAUGCAGCCCAGGAGUUUGAUAUUGGGGUGUACUUCGAGGCCAACGGUCAUGGAACUGUGUUGUUCAGUAAAGCAGCUGAAGAAAAGAUCCAGCAGCUGGCUGAGAACUCCAGCCUCAUCGACGAGAAGAAGAGAGCGGCUCUCCUGCUGCAGAACACGAUCAACGUCAUCAACCAGACCGUAGGCGAUGCCAUUUCUGACAUGCUGCUGAUCGAAGCCAUAUUAGCCAUUAAGGGUAUGACUAUCCAUCAGUGGGACGCCAUCUACACUGACUUGCCAAACAGGCAGCUCAAAGUCAAGGUGUCCGACCGUAGGUUGAUAGACACAACGGACGCAGAGAGGCGGGCGGUGAGUCCAGCCGGACUGCAGGAGGCCAUCGACACUUUAGUGAAGAAAUACCGAAAGGCCCGCUCCUUUGUGAGACCCUCCGGCACCGAGGACGUGGUGAGAGUUUACGCGGAGGCAGAAACACAGGACAGCGCUGAUGACCUGGCACAUGAAGUCAGCCUUGCUGUUUAUCGUCUCGCUGGGGGAGUGGGGGGUGAACCCAAACCUUUGCACUAGAAACACAAACACACAACAUCGACAAAUCAAUCGGUGCUUUUCGAGUGCAAUCACCAUUUACAACAUCAUUCCCUAAAGUGGUUCUCAAAAGAACUUCUUUAAGGUGAGGAAUUAAAUUAUUUUGUACUUUUAAUUGCACUUGGUACUUUAUUCAAUUUCUUUGUAUUUGUCUGUUGUUUUUAAGAUCACACAGGGGGAAACAAUUACGUUUUUUUUUCUCACUGUAAGUAACGCUAUUAAAAAGUCUACUGUCUGCCGGGAAAUGACGGGUUUCUAUGUCGCA